AAGCACUUGAGUCAGAACUCAAUUGGAAGGUCUCGAUAAAAAGGAGGCAAGACGAGACUUGGAAGUCAGAUGCUGCUGGUCAGCUAAAGUGAGACAAGCCUUAGUGAAAAGCAAAACCGAAUCUUUGCCUUCAUCACCGAAGUUUCUUCGCAUCAGUUUACUCAGGACCGACGCAAGUCAGCAUGGAGCGGGCAGAAGUGUCAACGGGCAAGACGCUGUUCAUGUCGGUGCUGCUGGUGGCUGCCGUCACGGUGGUCCACUCCUCUGUUGAGACGGGAGUGGAUGCAAUGAUGUAUCUUACUUAUUACGGCUAUUUGAGACCUAUGACCUCGGACGAUGGAACUUUCAUGACUGAAGAGGAGAUGAGAGAGGGCAUCUCGAAGUUCCAGUACAUGGCCAACAUAACACAGACAGGGGAGCUCGACAAUGACACGAUGCGCAUGAUGAACAUGCCGCGCUGCGGUAUGCCGGACGUGGUCGGACACAGCCUGGACGCCAAACGGAAGAGACGCUACUCCCUGGGAUCGAGGUGGUCCAAGACGGAUUUGACAUUCCGCAUCGACUCGGUGACCUCCGAUAUACCAAGCAGGUCUGACAUUGACGACACCCUGGAAGCGGCACUCCAGGUAUGGGCUGACGUAACGCCGCUUACUUUCACGCGUGUGAGUGGGAACACGCCUGCCGACAUCGUUAUCAACUUCAACAGUGGAGUUCAUGGGGAUGGCGCGCCUUUUGACGGACCGGGAGGCGUGCUAGCCCACGCAUUCUUUCCAGAGGAUGGGCGAGCGCAUUUUGACGAGGACGAAACGUGGACCAUCAAUUCUUUCUCAGGAAUCAACCUAUUCCAGGUGGCAGCCCACGAGUUUGGCCACAAUUUGGGCCUUGGUCAUUCUAACAUUGAUGCAGCACUCAUGGCACCAUUCUACCGGGGUUACGUGCCUAACUUCCAGCUCCACGAGGACGACAUCGCUGGCAUCCAGGCCCAAUACGGAUCUGACUCGGGCGCGCCUGUGGUCACCAUGGAACCCAGCGCAGAGGUCUGUACUGGAAUUGUCGACGCUGUAACGACGUCACGCGACAGGAGCACAUACUUAUUUGAAGGAACUCAAGUGUGGAAGUUUGAGAGUGGGGCAAGCCGGAUAGCAGAUGGGUUCCCACGAGCAAUCGGUUCAGUGUUUUCUGGUCUGCCCGACAAUGUAGACGCUGCCCUAUUCUACCAGCCUAACGGCAAGACCUACAUUUUUAAGGGGAGCCAGUACUGGCGAUUCGACAACGAAGUGCUGGACUCAGGCUACCCGAAAAGCAUUGCAACCUACUGGCCUGGCCUGCCCAAUGAUCUGGACGCAGCUUUUGUGUGGAGCGGAAACGGUCGACUUUACUUUGUCAAAGGCGGUCAGUAUUACCGUUUCGGCAGUGGUCGUGUUGACACUGGUUACCCUCGUCCGCUGAGUGUCUGGAACAUCCCUGGUAACCAAGUCGGUGCAGCGGUGCAGUGGAUCAACUCGCGCACGUACUUCUUCAACUCCGACGGCGUCUACUACCGAUUCAACGAUCGAUACUUCCGGGUGGACACUGGGUACCCGCGAAAUGUCGCCUCCACGUGGCAGGGCUGCGACACCAAUAUUGUGGAGAAACCCGAACCUGGCGACAAUGGAGCAGGUGGUCUGGCGCCUGGACUCCUUGCCUCGAUGGCAACUGUAUUUUUCGCCUAUGUCCUUAACUAAUCUGUGUCUGUAACUUUUUUAUUAUUAUUAUUACAUGUAUUAUUUAUUUGGCAUCAAGAACAAUAACAAACAAUACUACUCACUAGUUAAUUCAAGCUUUAUAUUUUGCUGAAAUACACAUAGUAUGGCUCUUUGAAACUUAAUUGAACACUAAUUUCAAUUGAAAAACAUUGCAUUUUCAGCUGAAAUUUCUUUAAUUGCAUAUAAUUAAUAUGUUUGAUACAAUGCGUAAUUUAGUAUUGAUUUUGCACGCCUUUCUUUCUUGAACGCAAAAAUGUUUUUAACAAUAUUAAUAUCCUAUUGGAUGGGAUUAGUGAUCAAAGUUUUGUACAUGACUCGUAAAAGUCUUUUGACUUUGUGUAGAUGUAUUUGAAUAAAAUUUUUACAGAAAAAUGCAGCUAUAAAAAGCCACUACUUUGAACGGAA